AUGAUUGAUAAUACUUACCAACUAAAAGAGCUAUUGGGAAUUGGAGGCUCCUCUAAAGUCUACAAUGCCACCUCAAAGGAUGACCAAGAGUACGCCAUAAAGGUCAUUAGGAAAGACAAGGGAUAUUCGGAGGAGCUGUCGCGCCAAAUCGUGCAAAAUGAGUACUUACUCUCUCUCAAAUUAGGAAGCCAUCCUAAUUUAGUGAACAUUAUUAGCUACAAUUCAGACGGAAGAGCCCAAUUAGCUGAUGGAAUUCAUUCAAUAAACUACUUGUUGAUGGAAAAAUGACAAAAUGGAGCUUUGUCUAGUAUCAUUAGAAAGACUGGACCAGUCGAGGAGAAUGUGGCUAAGUUUCUAUUUGUGCAACUAUUAUCUGCGGUGAAAUUUGUUCAUGAAAAAUAUGCUCACAUGGAUAUCAAACUUGAAAAUAUUUUAUUAGAUUGCUUUUUCAAUGUUAAGCUUGCUGACCUUGGAACAGUUGUUGAUGUUUCUGAAUCAGAAGGAUAUACUAAUCAGAGAAGAGGUACUCCUCACCAAAAGACCUUCUAAGUGAAAUGCUCCAAGAAGAUGCUUCUUACAGAAUCAGCCUUGAAGACAUCGCAUCCCAUCCUUGGCUAUCAGAUUGCGACUUUUCCGAUAUGCAAGAACUCGUAUAUCUAGAAAUGAAGGCGCGUUCUGAUCACAUAAAUAACACCAACAACGAAGAUUUUUAAACCUGGUAUAUUUACUGGCUUAUUAGCCAAGUCCUUUAAGGAUUCAAUCCCUAAUUAUCUAACUAAUAACCUAUUACCCCUAAAACGCCUCU